GUUCCUGUGUCGUCAAAUACUCCUCCUCUCUUUCACUCCCCUUCUCCUUUAACACAACUUUCUCUGUUUUACAUUGUUUUUAAGUGUCUGUGUGUGCAUUGCAAAUCAUAUACAUCGGUGAAAUGGCUGCUCUCAUCAGGAGAAUCAUCAGCACAGCGAAGGCUCCUGCUGCGAUCGGACCGUACAGCCAAGCAGUGGUGGCAGACCGGACAGUGUACAUCUCAGGACAGCUGGGAAUGGAUCCUGCCAAUGGACAGCUGGUGGACGGUGGUGUUCAAAAUCAGACCAGACAGGCUCUCAUAAACAUGGGUGAAAUCCUUAAAGCUGCCGGCUGCAAUUAUGAGAAUGUUGUCAAAACCACGGUGCUCUUAGCUGACAUGAACGACUUCACCAACGUUAAUGACGUAUACAAGCAAUUCUUCAGCACUAACUACCCAGCCAGAGCUGCGUACCAGGUUGCUGCUCUUCCCAGAGGGGGGCUGGUUGAGAUUGAAGCAGUUGCUGUUUUGGGUCCUCUGACCAAUAUUUCCUAACAAGAUUGUGCCUUAUUUUGUAGACAAAUAUCAAUAAAACAAACUGAGUACUAAUUA